AUGAAGGGAGAGGAGGUUGGAGAUGUAGGGAGCAGUGGAAUUAGAGAUGGCCUUGUACGUGAGAGUGAGGAGUUUGAAGAGGAUUAUUACAUGAACAGCACCACAUUACACGAAAUUCCACAGAUGUCCUUGAAGUGUUGUAACUGCAAUUUAUCUGUAGUUCCAGUGGAUUUGCCACAAAAUCUCAGGAAACUAGAUCUUAGUUUCAACAAUCUUCAGCAUCUUUAUAACAAGCAAUUCUCGCAAUUAUCCAAACUCCAACUUCUCGACCUCACAAGGUGCAGUAUCAUAUCAAUAGAAGAUCAUGCGUUCUCUGGUCUUGACAAUUUACACACUUUGAUCCUUACUGGAAAUCCAGUAGCUCAUUGGUCUCCAUUGACUUUUUCUGGCCUUACUUUAUUACAUAGACUUAUUGUAGUGGAAACAUCUCUCACCUCCUUAUCUGCUCUGCCUGUAGGACAACUCACAUUGCUAAAGGAAUUAAAUGCUGCCAGAAAUUUGCUGAAGAUCCUGCAUGUUCCAUCAUUUUUAUUCUCUCUCAACACUGUAGACCUUCGUGCAAACAAGAUUACUGAGAUAAAAGAGAAUGACCUGGAAAACCUGCAAAAUGCAAAUACCUCCCACCUGACUCUCAUAUUAUCUCAGAAUCCAGUACAAAGCAUUUCUCCUGGUGCCUUCAGAUUCAUUUCUUUACAGGCUUUAGACCUCAAAGGAUGUUUCUCUACUGCAGAUACAAUGAAAGCUAAUUUAAAAGCACUGUCUGGACUUCAUACUAGAAAGUUAGUGAUUGGUCACUACAGAAACUCUUUGAAUAAGAUUAAGUUCAAGAAUGGACUUCUUGAGGGGCUGUGUGGAGUGGAUGAUGAAGAGCUGACAAUUAAUGGUAUGUUCUUUGAUUCUACGCACCCUUUUUUGGACUGUACUGAAAAUGUCACAUCUCUUCGCAUGAUAAAUACAUAUAUGGAGCAUUCCCUAAGUUAUGCUGUAAUAUCAAGCAUUGAAAAGUUUGAGCUCAAAAACUCCUUGCUCACCAAUGUACCUUCUGCAACCAUUUCAAAGUUCAGAAACCUUAAAGAGAUUCGGAUAACAGAUAACCGACGACUCUCCAAGUUUGAUGAUGAUCUUACUGGAUUAAAUAGGCUUGAGUUAUUAGACCUGAGCAGGAAUCAGCUACAUAUUGAAUCUUGCUGCUAUCAUAUUAUUUCUGGGGUAACUGUUCUUAAACAUCUGAAUUUUAGCUAUAAUGUUCAUAUUGGCUUGAGGACUGUUUUUCUGAAUAUGUCUCAUCUUCGGUCACUAGACUUAAGUCACUCAGAAAUAGACAGUGUGGGGCAAUUCCCAGUCUUUAACCUUAUGGAUAAACUUACAUAUCUUGAUCUAUCAUACACUUCGUGCCAUUUUCGUAUUCAUUGUUCUUUUUGUGGCCUUACCCAUUUAGAACAGUUAUAUCUAUCUCAUACCAAAUUUGCCACUGAAAUAUUGGCAUUAGUAUUCCAAAAUUUGACUCAACUCCGCAUCCUGGACAUGUCAUCUUGUGGUUUGCAGCACAUUCCUGCAGAGACAUUUGCUGGCCUCAUAUUAUUGCAAGAACUGAAUCUGAGUAAGAAUAUAUUGUGGGAACUCCAGUCAUCAGUACUUAACCCACUAACAGCUCUCACAAGUUUAGAUAUUAGUGCUAACAACUUCCAGGGUAUCUCUGAAGAUACAGCACAAAGACUAUCACAAAAUAUUACAAAAGUGGACAUUUCACAGAACCCAUAUGACUGUUCUUGCAGCCAGCAGACAUUUUUGCUGUGGGUCCAUGAGCACAGCAGCGCAUUUCUGAGCUUUAGUGAGCUCAUGGUGUGCAAAACACCUAACCACUUUCACGGCGAAAAGCUCAGUGAUGUAUACUUGAAUUGCAGUUUGACCUUGUAUGUAUUUGCUGGUGUUUUUGUUAUUGUAAUAUCUAGCUUAGUUGCUGUCUUCACGUAUCGCUGCUAUUCACAAAAAUACUUUUACCUUUGUUAUUUAUCCUGCCAAACCCCAAAAAAUCAUAUUGCAGGAAAAGAAUAUGAUGCCUUUGUUAUCCAUUCCAGUUUAGAUGAAGAAUGGGUGAAGGAACAGUUGGUUCCAAAACUAGAAGGCAGUGUUCCACCUUUCCAGUUGUGCCUACAUUACAGAGAUUUUGUACCUGGUAUUCCCAUUACGUCCAACAUUGUGAAUGAGGGCAUUCGUAGAAGUCGCAAUGCUCUAAUUAUUGUUUCUCAAAACUUCAUGGAGAGCAAGUGGUGCAGCUUUGAGUUUGAGAUGGCCAUGUCCUGGCAAUUUCUGGAGAGCCAGUGUGGUAUCAUUGUUAUCCUUUUGGAAGCAGUUGAAGAUGUACAGCUUAAACAGAUGAUUGGACUGAACAAAUAUCUGCGCAAGAACACAUACCUCAAGUGGGCAGAUGGAUAUUUAGAGAGGAAAGUUUUCUGGAUGCGUUUAAGUGAGGCCUUGAGGAAAGGAAGUCAAAUAACAAGGUGUGCCCCACAGCUGGAGGAUACCAGUGAAGAAAUAUUGUAUGACAAACAUAAUGAACAGAAUAAAAUGAACCUAUGAAAAAAAUGAACAUACAGUAUGCACUUACGUCAUACUUGCCUACCUGACCCUCUCCAUGAGGGAGAAA